GGAAAGCCUAUCAGUUGAGGUCAGAGCUCCAUUCAGACAGGCACGUUCACUAAUUCUCCAGAAUAAUCUUUAAAAAAAAAACUAAAGAAAACAUUAAGAAUAAGCAAAGAAACGCUAAGGAAUCAUGAUGGCCAGAAUCCAGGUAUUGCUUGCAAUGUGCUUGCUCGCCAAGUGCUUCGGAAACUGCGAGGGGAAGGAGGAGAAGAAAGACAGCCCUCGCGCUGCUCAAAUAACAGACCCCGCGAAAAACGAAGCCAAACCGUUCCUGGAGGUCAUCGACUUUGUUCCCUUGCAUCCGAGAAAAGCCAAGGAACAUUGGUUCAACCUAAUUAUCACGUUCGGGAGGAAUAAUCAUCCAGGAGGGCGUAACGAUGGCUUCCCUGAAAUCGUGGGGGUCGAGCCAGCCAAGAACAUGCCCGAGACAGCGAAGGACAACAACACCGACGAAUGGCUGAGCAACACAGUGCUGUACGUCGCCAUCGCCAUCGCCAUUGCCCUAUGCCUAUCAAUAGUCGGCCUCCUCGUGACCAUUGGAUAUUACCAGAAACACAAGCGGUUCAUCGUCACCAGUAGAUCCUCUUCCCUUGCAGGUGCCUCUUCAGGUUCCUCCUUAUCCAGCGCCAAAGGGCGUCUCUAUCCCUCCCGCUCUGGCCUGGCUAACAUAAAGCUCGUAGCCAGCCAAUUGGACGAGAAAAAGAAUGGUGAUUUCAUCAGGCUCAUCUAAAGCUCAACUCAACCCAUUCCCCUUUUUAUAUGUAUAAAAGGUAUGAAUGAGAAUGAAUAUCUUCACAAUACAAGAGAUGUAUUUGACCGGAUUCGAUAUAAUCGAAAUCGAUAUUCAUUUUCAUUCAUACUUUUCAUACAUUUGUCAACAUGAAUACGGUUCAUCAUUCACCUUUAUUAGGUUCCUUGAGAUAACGCCAGAGUAGCAAUAAUUAUUACAUAUUUUGAUUGCUAGUCACAGCAUCAGGGGUUUAACUAUUGCCUUUGUGAUUAUCACUUGGAGCUUAAUGAGUGCAAAGCUUAUUUCUUUGCAGUUAUUUAGGCAAAAGAGAAAGCAAUGUAUAAUGAACUGUUGGACGUAGAACCAUUGUAAUAAUCAUUUCCUUUGUAUAAGAUUGCCUAGACAGGAUGAGUGUAAAAACAGAUUGGUAACUGCUUACAUUGUAUGCUAUUUGGAACGAAACAUUUUUCUUAUGAUUCUUUACAUUUGUAAUAGAUUUGAAUAAAAGCAGAAUGCUU